AUGCCCCGCUUCAAUCUACCGGGUCUCGGGCCCUUGGCUCGCAUCAAGGCGCUGCCGCUUCCCGUCAUCACUAUCAUAGCAACUCUGAUAUUGGCGAAUGCCGUGGUGUGGGCGGCAGUAGGCGUCGUGCUACAUUACUAUCCGGCGAUGAUUACGCCGGCAGUAUUAUCAUAUACGCUCGGAUUGAGACAUGCGCUUGACGCCGACCACAUAUCCGCCAUUGAUCUGAUGACACGGCGCCUGAUUGCAUCGGGGCAACGACCAGUGACCGUUGGAACCUUCUUCAGCUUGGGGCACUCGACCAUUGUCAUCGUUACGUGUAUCGUCGUGGCGGCUACCUCAGGUGCACUGCGAGACCGCUUCGACAAUUUCCAGUACAUCGGGGGCAUCAUUGGCACAAGUGUCAGUGCAGCAUUCCUGGUCUUACUAUCUGUUGGGAAUGGCUGGAUUCUAUAUCGUCUGAUCAAGCGUCUUCGUCAAGUUCUACAGCAACCCGAUCCACAUCAUGAGGCCGGUGGCGGUGGGGACGACGAAGCAGCUGCAAACUUGCAGCUCGAAGGAGCUGGAUUCAUGGCCAAUGUAUUCCGGAAGGUCUUUCGCAUUGUGGACCGCCCUUGGAAAAUGUAUCCUCUAGGUGUAUUGUUCGGUCUAGGUUUUGACACGAGUUCUGAGAUUGCUGUGCUUGGUAUUGCAAGUAUCCAGGGUGCUGCGGGGACAAGUUUGUGGAUCAUCUUGAUCUUCCCCAUACUUUUCACUGCGGGAAUGUGUCUGCUUGACACCACAGAUGGUGCCUUGAUGAUGGCUCUCUACACAUCGAAGGCUUUUUCGCGGGACAGGGUCGCAAUUCUGUACUAUUCUAUCGUCCUCACUGGAAUCACAGUCUUUGUAUCAGCCUUUAUCGGAAUCGUUCAGAUUCUGUCCCUGGCACAGAACGUCGCUGAACCCGAAGGGAGCUUCUGGGAUGGCGUCAGUGCUAUCGGAGACAACUUUGAGAUUAUUGGAGGGAGUAUCUGUGGUCUCUUCCUUGUGGUUGGACUGGGCUCUGUCAUUGUGUAUAAGCCUUGGCGACGAAGAAUGGAGCGGCGCCGUAUCCACCGAGUGCCAUCAACCGAUGCCGAAGAUCGUUUCCUAGCAGCUGAUGAGCCUCACUCGGCUGGAGAGCCUCGGCUAAUUGUUGUAGAUGAGGCCGAGCAGGACGAGCGUCCAAUAACCUCUGGUAAGCCUCGCAUCGCUGAGACACACACUGCGGUUGGGCCGAGCUAG